AUGCCGCUAACGCCUAGGGACACUCAGGCACCUCGAUCCAUUGAUCUUCGCAGUUCUGCUUCCCCGGGUGUGGGGGCUACUGCUUCACCUGGUGCGCAUUCGUCGACCACCGAUGUGCUGCUGCAAUCAAUUCUGUCUAAAAUCGAAGAAUCUGACAAAAAAUUCGCAGCCAGGCUGGACGAACUCGACAAAAAGUUUACUGCUGUAUUCGAGAAAUCGGACAAAAAAAUAUCGGCCUUUAUCGAUCGCCAAGAGGCCGUGAACGCUGACUUCGCGCGUAAACUUGACCAAUUACCAGACAUUUUGAAAAUCGCGAAGGAUCACGGUGAAAGAAUAGCGGCUUUGGAGGCUCGGAGCGCCCAACUGGAGAGCGCUCAGCGUGUGGCUUGCGAGUCGUCUGCUGCAUCGUCGGUCUCCAGAACGUCGGAUAUCAUUAUCUCGGGUAUUCCGAGCGAGAUUACUGAAGCUUCCGGUGUGAUAGCCAGAAGCGUCUUCACAGCGUUGGGUAUUCCUCAACUUGUCACCGACGUCCUGGAGACCCGUGAUGCGGUGAGGCGUGGUGUGUCGGUCGGGGCAGUCGGAGCGUCGAGCGUUGCUUCGGCUUCGGCUUCUGACGGGCGGGCCGAGGCGACUAAUCGUAGGAGAUCAGUGAUAGUUGCGCUCAAGUCGCGUGAGAUUCGGGAUCACGUUCUCAAAGUGAUGCGUGUAAGACGACGACUGUCGGUGGGCGAUGUUUUUGGGAGUGGUGCCUCGGGCAGCGUAUAUGUAAACGAGCUGCUCCCGGCCGACACUUACAAUUUAUUGCGUCAAGCGAGGGUGAGAGCAAGGCAAUCUUCUUACAGGCAUGUGUGGAGCAGGGAUGGUAGGAUCUUCGUCCGUAAAGACCGUGGACAGCCUCCUAUAUUGAUUACUUCCGACGCUGAUUUCGCGGAGCUUCAGUGA